AUGGCGUCUUUUACUUUUUACUUCAUACCAGACGCAUGGGUUCCGUACGCCGAGCUCAUGCGUCUCGACCGGCAGUCAGGGUUCUGGGCCUUUUACUGGCACUACUUGAUAGGACUCGGUUUUGCCAUCAAUAUCCCACCACUCUCCAGCGAGAUUGAUCUGAAAGCCCUUGUGCUCCUGGCAGCCCAUUUGGGACUAUGGGCUACCGUCUUCCGCGGCAUUACCUGCACAUGGAACGACAACAUAGAUCAGGACUUUGAUCGCCAGGUCGCUCGCUGCCGACUGAGACCCAUCCCACGGGGUGCUGUCACAACGGUUCAGGCGCAUUUUUUCACUGCCGUACAGAUUGCCGUUGGAGCCUCCAUCUUGUACCCGUUUGGAAAUUUGACGUUGAUUCACGCCACCGUAAACUUCGUCCUCUUGUUCAUCUACCCCUUCCUCAAGCGCUGCACAAAUUACCCCCAAGUCGAGCUGGGAUUUGGGCUAUCUUAUGCUAUAUUUUUGGCAAGCGCAAUGGUCGGGAAAGAUCCGUUGACCCCUCUGUUGGACUCGUCGUUGGAUCUCUCCGCCCGUGUGCUCAAAGUCAUCAAAGCGCCAUUGGCUCAGUCAGCGGCUAGUUUAUACGUCGCUGGAAUUAUCUGGACUGUUAUCUUUGACACAAUUUACGCUCAUCAAGAUUACCUCGAUGACUUAAAAGCUGGCGUCAAAGGACUCGCUGUACGCUUGGGAAGAAAGGGAACAAAACCCGCCUGCUACACAGCGACUGCCGUGCAGCUCUUCUUUCUAGUGUUGGCAGGCCAACUAGCAGGGUUUGGCACACCGUACUAUGCUAUAUCGUGUGGCGUAACUGCUCUUCUGUUAGCACGGAUGAUUUGGGUCGUCGAUUUGGAAGAUAGCAACAGUUGCGCUUGGGCGUUUGGUCCUGGAAGUGGUUACGUUGGCACGGCAAUAUGCACUGGGCUUGUGGUCGACUUCUUUUCGAAGAAGUACGGAUACUGA